GGUCAGUUUGUUCGUUCGUGCGACCAUAAACAAUAAACAAACCCUCGGGGGCAGAUCGCUACCACUGGACGCCUACCAUCGCCUCCUCUUCCAUAAUUUCCAUUUUUCCACCGUAUCCGAGAGGAGUUCUCCCAUGAAUCUACUCACGGAGAUUACUCUCUUGAAACUACUGCACAAUAGCAGUAAUAUUAAGUGACUAGUCACUUAAGUGCUCCAGUGGAUCUUCACCCUUUGGGCCACCAUGAUGUUACUUCUUGUUCUAGAGCUCCUCCCCCAGUAUGGGAGGUAAAAUUUGGCGUAAGCCUUGAGCUGUACUCUGGUCUUACGCCACUCUGCUACAGAUUGUCUAUAGCCUUUUGGUUACUAAUGCCAAUGAUAAUAUUUGGCUCUGCAUUCUCCAAGUGAUCAAGCUCUGAAUUUUAUCAUUCAAUUUAAGAAAAAGGAAUUGAAAAGUGUUGAGUGAUAUUCUUAUGCUUUUGGGGGAAAAAUACUCGUUAAUACUUUUAUUGGUGAAGUUAUUUUGAAACACGAAACUAAAAUGCCUACAGAGAGCCUUGGGUUAGAUUCUAGAAUGGCAGCGAUGGACAUGGACCCCAAAGGCUUUAGUCCUAUGUCGGGACCAGAUGAGAAUAUGAGCUCGCCCCCUAGUGUGUUAACAACGGCAUCUGCAGGUUCAACACCCUCUUCCAUCCCUUCAGCUGGGUCCACACCAUCGUCCAUUCCAUCUGCUGGAUCAACUCCGUACCAGUACAAUGCUCAGGAGGAUGUGGGAAUGAAACCUGUAACCCCGUCUUCUGACCACCAGCCCAUUACUCCCAUGACCCCCGACCAGCCCAUUACACCAGACCAACCUAUCACCCCUGAUCAAUCCGUUCCAUCAGACCAGCCCAUUACACCAGAUCAGCAGCCUCCCAGAAGUCCAGGGAUGUAUGUGGAUGGAGUGAAAGAUGGUUUACAAGUGGAAAAAAUGGAUGAGGUAAGUGAGGUAAAAAGACAUAACGAUGUAAGUGAAUCCAAGGUUCAUAAUCAUCCAAGUGGGAGCAAAGACAGUGAAAGAAGAGAUGAUUGUUCUUGCAUUUUGUGUGAAGACCACAGAAGACAUGCAGGGGAUCCACCUCCCACUCUUCCUCCCCCUCCUGUAAACAGUGACUUUGGGUAUCCUGUUGAUGCCAGCAUGAGUGAAAGGUUUAAUAGUGGGGAAAAGCAGUGUAGUGUUGUUGGCGAGGGCAAGACAAGGGGAAAACGAAGCAAGGACCCAAAUGCUCCCAGCAGACCUCGUAAGCGCAGACAGUCAGGAAAACCUGCUGUGCAUUACCAAAGUGAGAUAUCACAGGAUUCAGAGGUCACUGGAAUAAGAAUGAAGAUAAAGUUGACUGUCCCUCCAAUAAAAGAGAACAAUUCGCGUGGCUUCAGCAGCUCUCCACACAGUAACCUAACUUACAGUGUAGUAUCUAGUCCGAGUGAGAAGAGACCUAGAAAGAGAAGUGGACACAGUUCAGAAAGGUGUCAUUCUGGAUCUUCCUCAUCAGAAGGAAAACGAAAGAAAAGAAAUUUAGAAUUUGUUAGUUGGGGACCAAUAGUUAGCGAGGUGAAUGGCGAACCACAGUCACCUUGGGCGUGGAAAUUACCAGGCCACAUCUUGCUUGACAUUCUGGACAUUGCUUCCCGAACAGCAGGAAUCCUUCCAUUACUUCUCAGAACAUCAAGAGUGUGUAGAUUCUGGCGUAUGGUGUCAACUGAUGCUCGGUUGUGGCACACAGCAAACCUAUCCACCAGUAGGAUCAAACCCCGUUUUCGUAAUGAGAAGAGGCUACUUUGGCUUCUAGAACACAGACUUCCAAAAGUCCGUGAUUUAACGUUAGCUGGUUGGAAUGAUGCUGUGACGCCUCCAAUCUUGCCAAGGCUGGUUACAUUCUGUCCAGAGCUAACUAGCCUGAACCUUACAGACUGCCAUAAAAUUCACAGUGAAAAUCUUCACACGCAUCUAUCCAGGUGUCAACACCUUCAACGACUUGACCUCACCAAUAUUAUGUCGUCUCACAAACCAACACCAAGAUGUGCUGUUGGCCAACAAACCUUGUCAGACUUGGCAUCAACAAUGAAUACACGUUUGACACACCUUACUCUGGCCAAUAAUACUCUGUCCAACUUGCAGUCUCUUAUCAAGGCCUUAUCUGACCACUGCCCAAACCUACAGUCAUUAGAUUUAUCUAAUGUGCUGACCAUUGGGAGAGACUCAGUACUAAUAAACAUUGAGAGAUUACAAACAGGUUGCACAAAUUUAAGGAUUCUCAGAUUAACCAAUGCCCAGAUUAGAUUGUGUCAGACCUCUAUGGCAGAGCAGGCUUCAUCACCUGGAUUCCCACAUCUAGAAGAAUUGAGUAUUGCUGUUGUUGGCAACCUAAGUGUGGGAAUGAAUGAUGGUGAAUUGGAGCGUAUUUUGAAGAAUUCUCACAAGCUACGUCUCCUUGAUGUGAGAGGGUGCAUGAAUAUUACAGAUUCCUCUCUUGUUCGUAUCCCACCUUGGGAUUUGGAACACUUGUUCUUGGCUGGUUCAACGUCUCCAAAGAGUUACUCCGAUAGAUUAGAGCUGGUAGUUCGAAAGUGGCAACACUGUUUGGUCGAGUUAGAUUUAUCCUGGACUGCCAAUUCUGACAGUAUUGAUGCUGCUCUGAUGGCCAUAUCAGAAGAAGCAGAUAAUAAACUCAGGUACCUGAACAUGUGUGGUUCUUCAGUGACAUUCAAGCCUAUUCAACAAGUUUUGGUGAGGUGUAGUCAUCUGGAGACCUUAAAUUUGACAUCUUGUCGAGCCCUGCCUCGAGGAGUCAAAAGAUUUCAUGAGGCACCCCAGCUGGUCACCUUGCGAGCAGACAUUGCAAGUGGUAAAUUUGAGGAAAAUCCUGAUCAAGGUGAUGAUGAUUAGACCACUUUUGGCCUCCUCUCAAAGAGCCCCAAAAAAAUGAACUGCCAAGCUCAUGUGCCCAGUACAAAGCAAAUCCAUUUUGCCUCCCAUCAAGCUAUUAGGAAAAGCAUCUCCAUAGGAUCUAACAUUUCAAGCUGAGAGAGGAUUUCUCCCCUGUCAGAUAUGUGACGUUACUUGCAUCACUGCAGUGGAAGGCGGAUGAAAUUGGGGUCACAUAAGUCAUUCUUAUAUGUUGUAUUAUGAUGUAAAUUGUUUUUUGUAAGAUGUUUAAAAAGUUUAUAAGGAAGGGUGGGAAAAUGUUAUAUUCCAAGAUGUAAUUAUCCUUCUGUGUUCAUUGUCCUUUGCCAAGUUCCAGAGGUAGUAUUUUAUCCAUAAAUUACACAUGCUGAUAAGUAACAGUCGUUAUAGUUUACAGACUUGUUUAUUUACCUACAUCAAAAAAGGAGGGAUUCAUUCAUUUUUUAUUCUACUUAUUUAAUACUGACAGGUGUCUUUUGUUUCUUUAUGUGAAUCAAUUUUUUAUAAUAUACUUUAAGCAACUGCUAAAUAAUAGCAGUAUUGUAACAAACUGGUGAAAUCCUGUAAAGAAAGGGUUAGGAGGGAAAACAUUUUUGUUGGACAUUUUGCAAGAAUAUGCAAGAUGUGAGACAACCAUAAUAUUAUGCAAUAUAUAAUGCAGAUUACAAGAUUAUGCAUAGGUAGAUAUUGUUUUUUUACAUAGGUAUUCUGUUUUCGUUAAUCUGGGUAAAUGUCUGCAAGCUGCAGCUAGGACAAGUGCAAUGUAAAGCCUUUGCAAUGUAUUAAAGGACUCUCUAAAUAGGUUAAUACCUUUGUGCAAAUAAAUGAAGUAAAAUGACUGAAUGUCUCCUUUUUGAUACAUUAAGAAGAAACUCCCCAUGAGAGACACAGUACAAAAUUAAUUGCAUUGUAAAUGCAAAAUGAAAAGAAAAAAGUAUUUUUGUUUAAUUUCUAUUGAAAGAAACUUAUAUGAGAAAAAUAUUAAAUAGAAAUGUAUAGCUUUUAAAAUCUUUGGAACAUUUGUUUUAUUUACAUGUAUAUACAUAUAUAUAUGUAUGUAGUAAAGCAACCAACCUCUCAUUGAAUGACAGAUUUGUUGUUUUAACAUAUAUAAAUGAUUAUAUGCAUAAUCUCUUCAGUGCUUGGCAUCUUUCAGAUUUCUAGACUAUCCUUAAAUGGGGUCAUUAGAUUCAGCUAGGAACCAAAUGAAAAUUGGGUUACUGAGAAUUGGUUAUCAUGACUGCCCUAAGCUAUCCAGUUUUUCAAAGCCAUGUCUCACUUAAAUUUUUCUUGCCUUUGAGAUUAUUGCAGUUCCUGCAACUUACCAGUUGUAGAGGAUUUUGUGUGUGUUUUUCAUUGUCAUAAUCAUCAUCAUCAUGUACAUUUAAGAUGUACAGUAUAAUGUAAUUAUUAAUGAGGGCUAAAAACAGUGAGGGAAUUUGAAUUGGCAUAAUGUUGUGUUUCAUCAUUUUUUUAUUUAUUUUUCUUUCAAGAAUACACUGCCUUUGUAUUAAUUUGUCUUUGAUAGUUUAUUUACAUUUGUUUAGGACUCAAAUUUAUCAUAUUUUAGGCAUAAUUUUAGAUUAUAUAAAUUAGCUGCAAAAAUGUUCAUGUAAAAUUAUGUACUGUACAUUAUAGAGAAAAAAUACUAGUUUUGAUUGUCAUUUCAAUUUUAGGUUACUUAAACAGGUGUUUGUAUUUAUGAAGAGAUACACAUAUAUAAAUAUAUAUAUAGAUACAUAAUAGAUUAGAUAACUUAUUGUAGUUUUUAUAUAUAUAAAUUAGAUUUUAUUUAUGUAGUUUACAUUGGAUAUUAUAUCACCUUGUUCAUUUAACUUCAAAGUGAACAUUUUUGCAGUUUAGUCUUUUAGGUUUUUGAUGUGAAUUAGAGUGCAGUUGCAAUUUCCAGUGUUUUCAGAAUUUUUUCAAAUGAAUGUACGUAAAAUGUUGUGCCUUUCUGUGUCUACGACGAGCACAUGAUGCCAUUAUAAAGUUUCCAAAUUCUUAGGUAACCACGAAUAUUGGAGCGCACACACCACUUAAAUAGAUCUCAUAUUUUCAUUGGGUGUUUCCCACUCAUCCUUGGCAACUAAAGAAUUUGGAUAGUAAAUCUCAUUUAUUUAUAUAGAAUAAUGACAAUUAUUUAUAAUGCAGCAGUUAGAAAUAUUGAUUAGUUUUGGAACAGGAAAACUUCUGUUACUCAGAGCAAAUUUAGAAUUGGAUAGAUAUGCUGUAUUAUAUUUAUGUUGAGAUCUCACAAACCAGCAGUUAGGUGCCUAUUUCCAGAUGCUAUUCAAGAUUUGGUUCUCUUUAGCUAAAUUGUGUUGGUUCUUUGAAAAAAGGUUCUUAUUACUGUUAUGUCAAAAAAGGUGUGAAAGACAGCUAUUUAGAAGGUAAGCUCUUGGAAGGAACCAAGUACAGUACAUUGUUUAAUUUUUUAUUGGAUGGAGUAGCAUUUUGGCACUUGUUGGCAAAGAUGUAAAUUAAAAACAUAUCCAUUCAUACACACUAGGUUUAGAUUUAAACUGUCAUCAAUGCCUACAAGUUUGCAGUUACGUAAAUGAAGAUGAGCAUGUAUUUCUUCCUUUUACGAAAGUCUCAAAUAAUCUUCAACUUAUACCUGGCCAUUAGAGUCUUCCAGUUUAGUAGAAGUCCACUUGCAUUUUCUAUAACCGUCUGUUUAACAGUACGUCCUUUCAGCAUUCCACAGUGGUAUUCACAGCAGACUUUAGAUCCAUUACAAAAAGUAGUUCCCCAUCUACAAUAUGUAGUAACUUUGAUUAUCAGUUUGUUGUUCAGUAUUUAAUUAAGAUACAGAGCAAUAUUUUUUAAAUUUUAACUUUAGUUGCGGUUUUGAAUCUAUGAAAGGAGAAUAUGUUGUACAUAUUUUGGAAUCUUUUUUUCAGCCAGGUAUUUGCAGUAUAUUAAGAAAAAUAGAAGUAAUGGUAACUUGCUGAAAAGAGGAAAACAAAUUUCACUUCUCAAGGCAAUAAUGUACGUAUGCUUAUAUCAACAUGCUCGUAUAACCUGGUAGAAUAGUCAAAUCCAAAGAGUAUUUUACGGUACUACAGGAAUAGUUUACCAAUGUUUAUGUAGAUAAGGACUUGAUCCCUACUGUUUGCAUCAAUUUAUGUUAUUGUGAAAUUAUUUUGGAUAAAAAGUUUUGCUGUUAUGGAUAAUGGAAGUUUUUCUGUCAUAGAUGUUUAUAUUUCAAUCUUCAUGUUUUAUGUGCUCAAGACUUACUAUUCUUUGUUAUAUUCUUUGGGAUAGACCCGUUUAGGCAGUGUUGAAUAAAAUGUUAUGAAUGAGACAGUUAGCUAGCUGAAUUCCAUUAGUUGUUGAAUUGUAUAACUCCAUUUGAACUAGUUACUUAAAGUUUGGUUUGAUGGGAAUAAAUAAUACUAAAAGCAUGACAUUUUUUAAGACUCACAGUUGUAUAAAGUCACUUGAAUUGGACCAUUGUAUUUUUAUUUUAUUAGGGGUUCCGUAAAUGCUUAAAGUAAAUGGGGUCCAUGAUUUUCAAGGUGUAAGUGCUCGUACUCCGAUUUUUCAAAAAUAGCUGUACAUUGUAUUUUCUGAAAUUUUGUGGUUUCAAGAGGUAUGACAUCAUAAAAAAAAGGCAAAUUUCUCUCAAGUAAAAUUAUUUACUAUUUGUUUUGCACAAAUUAACCCAAGGAAAUUAAUUUUUUUUUAACUUUUACAAAUUUAUCAUUAAUCUUAGCUAUGCAAACAUAAUCUAGCCCUGUGUGAAUGGGUUUUCAUGUAGGACAGUAAGCUUAAUAACUGCCACCAGUAACGUAGAUGAAAACAAGUGUUGAACAGUUUGAUCUAGCAUACUAUUUAGGUUUGGUAGACAUCAUUUGUGAUUUGAAUAAGAUGGGAAAAUGUAGAUUACGUAUUUCAUCUAGUAGCUUUUGAAAUUUAAGGAGGUUGCAGUAACCCUUCUAUUAUUUGCAUCAAUAGAUCCAAUAGGAGUGAAGAUUUUGGUGUGGUGAUAUGCAGUAGAAUACAGAAGUAAAGACCUAUAUAGUCUACCGUACAAAAUAAGUAAAAAUGUCAUUUAACAUAAGAUAAUCGUAUAAAAUGGCACUUUUUUUAUGCUGGUCAGAACAGUAUCUUCAUUGCUAUUGGCUACCCUACCCAGAAACUGCAUUCACAACAGCCACUUUAUCACCAUACUUAAGCAAUCCAUAAAUAGUGUAUGUACUGUUUUUAUGUAUUUUAUUAGAAAAAAGUAUUGAAUAAAAAACACAACUACCAGACUAAUCUCAAAAGUUAAACAGAACUGCACUGUAUACUGUGCUACCUAACUAUUUUAGAAUGUCUGUAAACCUUUUUUACAGAAGUUGUAUUCUUUAGUAAGCAGUGUGUGUAAAUGACAACAAUACAAGGUAGUAAUGCAUUUUUUGAACUUUUUAAAUAUUUUUUCCAAAUGAAGCAUAGCAAUUGACCCCCAACCUCACAUUUUUUUGCUGAAAUUUACCUUUGUAACUAACGCUGGCCUAAUCUAAGACUUUAACAAAAAUUAAGGUGGUGCAGUACAGUUAAGGCACAAACAUAUGAAUAAGACUACCCAUUACCAAGAUGGCUGAAUGUCUGGUUUAGUCGUCAGGGCUAAAACUCACUGCCAGUUGGAAGGUGGUGCUAUCAGCAAGCGCACACAAAUGCAUAAUUCAGUAACAUGAGCCCUGCAAAGCUAAGGGCACACCAACAUCAACUUUUAUCAUGUUCUAGUUCAGAUCACACAUCUGUCACAAUUUAAGAGAGAUCUCUCAUCCCCACCAAAGUCACAUGAUUGUUCAGAGCAUCUGAUUUGCAUCACACUUACCAUCUGUAUGUUUGAUUUUAUUCAUGCAAUUUUGAUGUGGAUAAGUGUAAACCUGCUUUCACUGAAAAAGUGCUAAUAAUUUCAUAGUGUGAGAAACAGAAAAGCAAAUAAUAAAGGGGUUAUUGUAUUUAGAUCCUGUUGAAAUUUGAAUGAGAAGUAGAUUUUCAAAUGUUACAUUAACUUUGGUUUAGAAUGGCAUGGGCUCAUUUAGCUUUCGUGAUAACUUAAACUUUUGUUUUCAUUUAGCAUUGGUGAGAUUUGGUUAUAGUGUGUGAUUUCUAAUUGAAAAGUUCUUUGCCUUGAUAUCAAGCUAAUUAUUGCUUAGAAUUACAUUGUAAAACAAAGUGACGUGUACAGUGCAACGUUAUUUGGUCUGUGUCCUGAGUUUUUUUGUUACCUUUUAGGUAUGCCAUUUUUUCAUUUUUGGUCUUGCAUUUUCAAAGUUUUUUUUCUUUUAUAUAAAGCAACUUUUAUACCUAUAUUAAAGUUGAUGUUUUGAUACUUAUACUCUGUAGUUUUGAUGUACCUCAAAAUUUAGUUUUUGGAAGUAUCAAGUGAUAAUCUUGGUUACUAUAUUGCCAGUAUGUAAACUUAUCUACUAAAGAUAUUGCAUUUUGUAAUCUUGUUGAAUUUAUCUCUUGAAAGGUUUUGCAUAUAGAGUUUAAAAAGUUCAGGCUUUACCAGGUAUGGAAGGUGAUACUGAUAACAUAAAUUGGGUUACUAUUUAAUGACUGCAUCAACAUCCAAAACACUAAUUUUUUUAGCAUAGUCAUUGGGUAAAUUUGAUACUGUCAGAUACUUAAAAAAUUUUUCAUCAGCAAAAAAAUAGCUAUAUAUGCAUUUUGUUAAAAAAGUAUCCACAAUCAUGGAUCCAGUUGCACAUUUUGUUAUGGAAUAACCAGUGGAAUUUUUCUCAUAUUGUUUGGCUUGCUAUGAUUUUCAUUUACUUCAAAGAAAAAUCCAUGAUUGGUCUUUGUAAUUUAUAUUUUUUCAUCUUCGUUAACAUUAAAUUUUCAUGAGCAUCAUCAUUGAUACAUUAAGAUUAUGCUUCCAUUUCAUUGCCAUCAUUGCAUAGCUUGAAUUUUUACUUUUUAAAGUGGAUUAUUAUAAUCAACCAGGUGUCAUAGCCAUUGAAUUAAUUAAUAGGUUUCAGACGGGGAUUGAACUUCCUAUUAUAGACAUGUAAAACAAUCUGAGCAUAAAGUUAUGACAAAUAUUAAAGUAUUUGUUAGGUUCUUUGUUUAUUAGUGAUAUUUAGGUUAUAAAAAAGAAUAAUCUUUUAUCACAUUUUAUCAAUUUCACUAGAGUAACAAAGGUGUUAAAUUUGCCUUGCUUGGAAGAGCAAUAUGAAGUCAUUUUUCUCCAAAUAGGAAAUUUUAAUUUUCUAUAAAACAAUUUAAAAUGUAUUUUAUAGUUUUUCUUAUGAAAUCUUGAUUUAAAAGCAAAAUCUUUGCUGUUGGUAAGAGAUCAUGAAGACGAUGAGUAAAUUUGAGUGGUUCUUUUUGUUGUACAUUGUUUUUGAGGGAUAGCUCAGAAAAUUUUUCUUGCAUCAACCGUCUUUUUCAAGUAGGCAUCUUGAGUGCUCAAGUGCAAAAUAGGUAUUAACCAUAUCAUGGCCAUACUUCAUAUCCUGCAAGGCAUGAGUGAUUUCACAUAUUUCAGGUAAUUAACGAUAGCAUCUUUAGUGAGACAUAUCAUUUUUGAAGAAGCAAGAUUUCUUGUAAUUUACAUUAAAUUAAUAUUUUUUAUUUCUUUAGAGGGGGUUAUCAGUUUGUUUUGCAUUUCAUUAUUAUGUACGUAUUUAAAGUUCCCUUCUAAGGUGGUGUAAAUUUUUUAACUUUUACCUGUUAUUUUCUGCAUCAUUGUCAACUAUGAAGUGUGUUCCAGUGCUAGGUCAUCAGGCCAUAUUGUCAUAAAAUCAAAACCAUUAAGGCUUAUUUAUUUAUUCUGUUGAUGUCUUGUAUGUCUUUUAGCCUGUAGUCCUUCUUACUAGAAAGGGUUUGUAGCAAAUAGUUGGAUGUAAUUAAGUAGUAACUUAACUUAAAUCCUCAUUCCUUUGCUAAGCAUCUAUCAUCAUUGUUAAACCUAGCCCAAUUUUACAAAUAAGUUCUGAUAAGCUGCAGGUUAGUUUACUUACUUAAUAACAGGCAAAUUGAAUGUAAGAUUAGCGAGCACAAAAAAAGGGUGUAUGAAUGUUUAAUUGUAUGCAUAUUUUUGGUCUGGGUUAAGAAAAAGUGAAGACAUUUUUCUUGACCCAGACCAAAAAUACAGCUUACAAUUAAACAUUCGUAUGUAUAUUUAGUUGGUAUUACCCAUAUAUUUCAUGAAUGAAACCCUGUAAAUCUUAGUAGUUUUUAACCUUUGUAAUUGAGAAAAGUUAUUGGUUUUGUUGUAGACACUUUCAAUGAAUGGGUUUUAGUAGAGUUGGCAGCAUAUUGAUUUUUAAAGCAGAGUAAAUAUAAUUGCCUUUAGUUGAUUUAAAACCUUCCCGAGGUCUUUCAAAGGGAUAUAAUUUUUGUUUUAGCACUUUAUGCAAAAAUUGCUUCCUGCAACAUUGCAUGUGUUAAUUGCAUGAAUGUCAGCAAGCCUAUCUGAUUUUUUGAAGAUAAUGAAAAGAAAAAAUUUCAAUUUCAGUAAUUUUAAAAGUAUUUUAUAGCUUCAGAAUUGUGUAAAAAAAUUCCUUUCCUCAAAUUACGUAAAGUAACCCAGCUACGAUGCAUAUAAACUCUAAGAUUUAAUUGCAUGAAUGUCUGCAAUUUUAUUUGCUGAUUUGAUGAUAAGUAAUUUUUUAUUUCAUUGUUUCUAGAAGUGCUGUAGGUUUUUUCAGAAUACAUGCAUGGCUUAAAUUUGCCUUACAUAUUUGAAGGUACCAUACUUCAAUGCAAAUUAAGUAGACCAAGCUUUAACUGUGUGAAUAGGCUAAACACUGAAAUUCAUGAAAAUUGUGGCAGUAUUGAAAUCCAUCAUAACUACCAAGUAACAGACUGAAAUUAUAAAUCUAAUGUUGGCAAGUGAGAGUAAUUAGGCCACUAAUAAAGAUCAUGUAACUGUUAAUAUAAAAACAACUCAUAGUACAUUAGUAGUUGGACAUGCCUAUUUUGAUAGUUAAUUGAAAGUGAUCCUGGUGAUGCAGUCCUGGUAUGAAAAAGGUGCAAUACAACAUGAUUAUAUAAAAAUUUAUAUAUGUUUCAUAAUUUUAAGCAUUAAUGAAUGGCAAGUCAUUGAAAAAAGUUACUAAAAAUACCUGUUAAAGGCAGUUUGAAUGUUAAUUUUUUUAAUAGCUAUAAUCUUCUACAUGUAUAUAUUUUAGUAGUUUGUCCUACAAGCCAGCAAGACUAAAACUGAGAAUUAGACUCGAUCAGGGUCUUACAACAAAAGUAAUAAAUGAGCUUUACACAGUAUCUACAAUAGAAUUAUUUGCAAGAGAUUAGUUAUGAACAUGACAAAGAUUUUUGUGAACAUUGCCCUUGAAAUUUUUGUGGCCAAGCAUUAAAAUUGCCUUAAAUAUAGACAUGUAUAGAGUCCUUUACCAUACAGUUACCUUAGAUUUGCAUAGUACCUCUCAUAUACUCUAUUGUAAGCAGUGAAACAGGUAUUUUUAAUUGUCACGAGUAUGGUAUAAGGGGUUUUCUUCAUUUUCAAAAGUGCAUUUUCCUGAUGUAGUGAUGAUUGAAAGAUCUGUAUAUGUCCAAGCCUUAUCCUACAAUAGGGAAGUUAUUCUUAAUUCAUAGUCUUAAUCUUUUUAUUUGCAAAGUGAAGAAGAAUGAUUAAGAAAAGUGAUAGGAUUAAUGAAUUGUUUAACAAAAUAUGCAGAGGAAGAAAGAACCAGUAGUGAUUUUUUUUUAAAUCACUGAAAUUUUUCAUUAAUUUUUGGAAUGUCAGUAUCUUAUAACAUUAGGAAAGUUUAAAAAGUACUUUCUGAAAGGGUUUAGGGUGAUGUUUCUAACUUCCUAAUAUUAUUUAAAUUUGUUCUUGCUGCAAUACAUAUUUUUUAACAAAGUUAUGGCCAUGCUCUUAUAUUUGUCCUAAUGCCAAAAAAAUAAAAUAAAAUAUAAUCCAGUUUUUAGUUAAAUCAGUGUAAAUGAAAAUCAUUAACCUAGUAAUUUCCACAUUUCAUAUACAAGGCCAGUAUUUAACCUUAUAUUCUAUUGGGGGGGGGGUUGCCAUACUCUAAUGAUAAUGCCAAAUUUUGACAUAUUCUUUUGUUAGUCUAGUAGAGUUUAGAUAUUCAGUAGUAUCAAAUAUGCAGAGAGUAAAAAGCAAACCCCUAAUUAAGGUACUAGAGGAAGGAAUCUUUCCAAGAGCUUUUGUUUAUUUUUUGAAGUCUGCACAUUGUUGUUCCUUUGAAGAUUUUUGCAUCGUAAAUACAUGAAAGUACAUGGAAGAAGAUUCUUUCUUCUCUGCUUUAAUUUUCUAUGUGACAUUUUGUGUUAUAAUGCAUGUAGAUAGUAUGGUAUAUACUUGCAGAGGAGUUUUUUUUUAUACUUUGAAAUGUAAAUUGUUGAUUUCAAAUUGUCAAGUCCUAUUAAGGAAACUUGCUGCAAUAAAACCAAAAUCUGCUAAGAGAUUUUAAAAAGUUUUAUAAUGCAAUAUUUAUUCAUGACAAUUUUCAAACUAUAUGUGUAUAUAAUUUUAGUCACAUAUUACAUAUGUAGUUCCAAACUUUAGUUGCCUUUGACAGCUGGGACCCAAAAAAUUCAUUUGCAUCAAGUUCACAUAUCUCUCAUCUAAACUGGAGGAUUUUCUGUAGUAACUACAAUUACGUACAUUAAAAAGGUACAUGAAUUUUUAGUUCAGUGUAUUAAAGAAAUUGACAUAUAAUUUCUUUAGUUUCUGAGACUUACUUUGUCUUUCUUGUGGAGUAAUACUUUUCUGGGUUGCAUAUGUGAAGUGCAAUGAGACCCAGUGUUAAUUUUUAAGGUGUAAUUUACAAAUGUAAUGGAGGAACUGGGGUUUUUCAGAAAGUUGCAAUGGAGGAAGCUUCCAAGAUUCUCAGAAUUUAAUUUUUUCCCAACAGAGCAGGUGAGAAGAUGGUUAAUGUAUGCUAGUGCAUGUAUUGUGUAUUGUUUAUAAAUUCUUAUUCUUGAUAAGUCAGAAUCUAGAAGUUAACAAUAAACUACAAGUGUAUUCUCAUGAGUUUGCUUUAAAAUAGGUUUAGAUGUAACUUCAGAAACUUCAAAUCUAUCUGCAAAAUUCCUCUCAAUAUUUUGUUGGUUAAUAGUAAUUUCACAGAAUGCAUAGUCUGAUCUACAGAAAUUCAGGAAAUGGACUGAAUUUUCUUAGGUGAAUAAUGGCAAGUACAGAUUAAUGUUCAGUUUGUAUUGUGGUGAAAGUCUGGAGGUAUAUGGGCAGAUUGAUAACAAAAUUAUAGCUUGUUAGUUGAAUUGUAGAUUUUAAUAUUGCUCAUCAAUUUCAAGCUAGAUAUAGAUAAGAAACAGGAUGAAACAGAUGCAUAAUCCAGUAUUUUUUGCAUUCCUUAAUUGGUCUCACAUAGAUACUAAAAGUUAAACAGGUGUGCCAUGGAAAAGUUUGUAGUAAUGUACAGCUGAGUUUGUGUAGUUGGUGGUGGGUUGUUUACCCAAUCCCUUACUAUUUUAUUCACAAGCCUUUUCAGUAUCAUAUUAUGCCUGUUUAGCAGUACCCUGUUUUUCCCACUUCAGAAUAUCAAAGGAGUUAUUUGUUUAACUGGUAUCAGAGAGCUCAUAUUAUCAAAAGUAAGUGCUUCAGGAACAAAGAUUGAACAAUACAGCAAUAUUGGCAUAGGGGUGCAAUGUGGUUAACAGAAUAAAGAUUAAAAAGUAGAUCUAAUGCUUAUAUGGUCAGCCUAAUUGCACGCUGAUGCAGAGCUUUUCUUCCACUAAUAUUUUUGUAGCUGAAAAAUUAUGUCUCAGAUCUUGCUUGCUUUUAGUAAUCUUUUAUUACUAAUGGCCCUAUGAAAGUAUGAAAGAGCUAAUACACAAAAGAAUAUUCUAAAGGAAACAGAUUAAAUCAUUGUCAUUCAUUGAUCCAAGGUGAGAUUAAAAGUUAUUUUCCACUAAUUUGUUUCUAUUUGCAAAGUAAAAGUGCUAGACAGGGCUGUAUCUGGCUUUCUGUACCACCACAUAACACGGACAAGAUGCCCAACUUUUGCACAAGUUGAAAUAAUCUUCAGAUGAGGAGUUUCAGUGCUGUGAAUUCAUUUGUAGACCCUUCAUUAGAGGGGUAUUCAUGUCUUGCUACAGUAUAUUUUGUACUGGAAAUUAGAUAGAAUAUCACCUAAGUUUUGUGUUAAAUUUUAAGUGGACUGUUCAUACGAAACCAUUUAAUGGAACUGUACAGUAACUUGUUUGUAAUGUACAAAUAUAAUCCCAUUUUUAUACAGUAAGUUAGAUCUCUCAGAUAUUUUAUUUAUAAUAGUAUUAUUGAUGGGUUAGUAAGUGUUCAAACAUUCUCCGUACAUUAGCAUUGUGUUCAGUGUAAAGGCUUUUAGGUUUGGAAUCAAUAAUUUGGUAGACAUGUUCAUUGUAAAAUAGAUAAUGCAUCUAAGUGAUGCUUUUCUAAUCAAAUAACAAUGCAUUGACAUAGUUAUCAAUACCACUUAAUAGCAUAAAUACACUGUAUAGAAGCAAAAUUUUCAAAAUAUCUCAUUAUUUUUAUGAUAUUUUUUGUACAUGUACUACAAUGUUCCAAAGCAGAAAUGUAGUAAGAAAUUGAAUUGGUCUAUCCCAAUUUUGAUAAAUCUGCAUUUAAAGAUAUUUUUACCUUUAUACAGAUUAAGGUGUGCAGCAUACGAAUAGAUAGUUUUCUUUAUUUUACCAAACAACUCCAUUAGGUGUAAUUUUAUAUUUUCUUCUUUAAUAAUUGUUUUGCUUAAUUCCUGAUCUCUUACUUUCAAUUGCUUUAUUAAAAGGCUGUAAAGUAACGUUGUAUAUAGAGAUUUAAGAGUUCCAGAUUUUUAUGUCAAGUCAUGUAUUCAUGAUCAUGGUCAGUGUUUAUUCACAUGUCAUUUUCAGACCUUCCUUGCUAUUUCACCAAGUUCUUAGUUGGUGCUUGAGGGGGAAAUGAAAUCAAGGAUGGGGUCAUUUCUUGCAGUUCAAAUGCAAGGGCUUCAUUAGGUUAUACUGGUCACUUCUCUUUUUCAUGACUCAAGCAAUAACCAAGAAUAUGGAAUUAUUAUGUGACUGAUAAUUCACACACUUGAUUCAUUGGGAGAUAUGCAUUUGCUUAGUUAUCCCAAAUAUAUGCACAUAUUGGUGUGGUGAGCCUUCAUGAAACAUUAUAACUUAGAAAUGUAUGACUUAUCAGUCAUAUCCUUACUUCACACAAAAUAUAUUUUAGUGUAGGGUCAGGGAGACAUUACUGUAUAUAAAACCCUAUUAAGUUAGCACAAUUUAUAAAUUGAGCAACAGUAUUUCAUCAUUUACUUCAGAUUCUAUGAUCAUAUUUUUUUUUUUUUCUGAAAGUAUGUUCAUGAGCAUCGAGUAAAUGUGCCGGAAAUUGUGAGCUCUAGCUAUUUUGAGAGAGGCAUAUUCUACCUAUGACUAGUCUCUAAAUUUCUGUAUUUUGUUCUGCAGUGGUUUACUGAUGUUUAGUGAAAAACAUUAUUUAUGUGCAAGUAGAUGGGGAGGUAUCAAAUCUUUAGUUGUAAUUUGAAAAGAUAUAACUGAAUUACUGUUCACAAGUUGCCUGUUGCUUAGUUAUUUUUAAUACAUUUAUUUUCAUAUUUUGAAAUUGAAGAGAAAUGUUAUGAUGGAAGAUCUGAUAUGCAUUUAAUACCAAAACAGAACAUUGUACAUAAAUGUUCCCUUGUGUUUUAUCGAUCAUGGUCACAAGAGAAGAUGCUGAGGUUGUACCAUACCUGACUUUAAAAGGUAACCUUAAAGGUAAUAAAUAAUCUGAAUCUUGGUGUUAAAGAUGUACAUUAGUUAUCAAACUUAAGUUUAAUGUAAACUGGGAAUACAUACUGUAAGAUCCCAUAUUAAACUGACAAGUUCUUUUUAUGCAGUGUGGUUUCUUCUGUUUGUGAAAACAUUUUAAGUUUAACUUGUAUAUCAUAGCUCAAGUACUGAGCUUAAAAUUGUCAGGAAACAUUACCAUUUCUGUACAGGGAUAGUCAGUGAGAUGAAAGUGUAAAAUGACCCAUGCAUACCAUUUCUUGUAAACAUGAUCAUGUUAGAUAGAUAUAUUAGAGAUGAACUAUUAAAGUGUAUGGAUAGUUGAAAA